AUGGUCGGGUUCACCACUUUCCUCAAGACUCUGCCAGCGUUGGCUGCAGGCACUCUUGCUAGCGUCAACUAUCCUACCAUCCCUUCAGACUUGACUACCCCAGUCCAGCAGCGCUUGGCAAUCUAUGGACCCAACUCUGUCUCCGUUGGAUGGAACACAUAUGAGCAAUUGAACUCUACUUGUGUGACCUACGGUACCUCGGAGGAUGACUUGAGCACCGAAAUUUGCUCCAGCACCGGCUCAACCACUUAUUCGACCUCGCGGACAUGGUCCAAUGCCGUCGUUUUGACCGAUCUUACCCCAGCCACCACUUACUACUACAAGAUUGUCUCAACCAACUCCACCGUGGGUCACUUCUUCAGUCCCCGUACCCCCGGAGACAAGACCGCAUUCAAUCUUGAUGUUGUGAUUGAUUUGGGAGUCUACGGUGCGGAUGGUUUCACCAUCUCGUCUACCAGCUCCAAGAAGGAUACCAUUCCCUACGUGCAGCCCGAGUUGAACCACACGACCAUUGGUCGUCUCGCUGAGACCGUGGACGACUAUGAGUUCGUUAUCCACCCCGGUGACUUUGCCUACGCAGACGACUGGUAUGAGAAGAUCUCAAACCUCUUGGAUGGCACCGAGGCCUACCAAUCCAUCCUGGAGCAGUUCUACGACCAACUGGCUCCCAUCGCGGGUCGCAAGCUUUACAUGGCCAGCCCGGGCAACCACGAGGCGGACUGCUCCGAGAUCCCGUACCUUCUCGAGCUCUGCCCCGAAGGCCAGAAGAACUUCACCGAUUUCAUGCACCGCUUCGAAAACACCAUGCCUAGCCCAUUCACGUCGUCGUCCACAAACACAACGGCUCAGGCAUUGGCCCUUCAGGCGCAAUCUUACGCCCUGCCUCCAUUCUGGUACUCGUUCGAGUACGGCAUGGCUCACAUCGUUAUGAUCAACACCGAGACCGACUUCACCGAUGCUCCGGAUGGCACAGAUGGCUCCGCUGAUCUCGACAGUGGUCCAUUCGGCAAGUCUGGCCAGCAACUCGAGUUCCUCAAGGCUGAUCUGGCUAGCGUUGACCGCACUGUUACCCCCUGGCUCAUUGUUGCUGGCCACAGACCGUGGUACAGCACCGGUGACUCGGACAACAUCUGUGAUUCCUGCCAGGAUGCCUUUGAAGAGCUGUUCUACACGUACGGUGUGGAUUUGGGUGUGUUCGGACACGUCCACAACUCGCAGCGAUUCACCCCCAUUUACAACGGCACUGUUGAUUCGGCGAACUUGACUGACCCCAAGGCUACCAUGUACAUUAUUGCCGGUGGUGCGGGUAACAUUGAGGGAUUGAGUUCCGUUGGAACCGAGCCAGACUACACUGAGUUCGCUUAUGCGGAUGAUUACAGCUAUGCUACGCUGAAGUUGUUGGAUGAGCAAAACCUGCAGAUUGACUUCAUUCAGUCCUCGACUGGUGAUGUUUUGGAUAGCAGCACUCUGUACAAGUCGCACAAGACCCAGUUUGUGAGGCAGUAA